AUGGCAAAACGGCUGUACACGUCCUCGUCCUUCGAGGUAUUUCGAGAUGUCCCCUCACUGCGCGACAUGCGGCGCCGGCUUCAGAUGUCGAUGCGCACUGUCGGCCUAGUCCCUACCAUGGGGGCUCUGCACAACGGGCAUUUGUCUCUUAUCCGACAAGCGGCGGCUGAGAAUUCAGAUGUGUUUGUGAGCAUCUAUGUCAAUCCAACACAAUUCGGCGUGAAUGAGGACCUCGCCAGUUAUCCGCGCACAUGGGACGCGGACAUGGCGAAACUAGAGAAGCUCAAUGAGGAACUGAAAAGCGAGGCUUCCUCUUCUUCUUCUUCUUCUUCUUCAAGAGGUCGCAUCACGGCCAUAUUUGCACCCACGGGAAAAGUGAUGUACCCGACUCUGCCACCGACGUCGGAGAUUGAUGGGUCUGGGUCUUUUGUCACCGUCACACCACUUGCUACCAAGCUAGAGGGGGCAUCGCGGCCUGUUUUCUUCCGGGGCGUUGCGACGAUCUGCACGAAAUUGUUCAACAUUGUCAAGCCGGACCGAGUCUACUUCGGCCAAAAGGACGUUCAACAAUGUGUGGUUAUCAAGCGAAUGGUCAAGGACUUUCACAUCGACACGGAGGUGCGCAUUGAGCCCACCAUUCGCGAACCGGAUGGGUUGGCGAUGAGCUCGCGCAACGUGUAUCUCGGUAGCCGCAGGCGAUCAGUCGGACUCGUACUUUCACAAGCUCUACGGGCGGCGGAAGCAGCGUUCAAGAAGGGCGAAUGCAAGAGAGAAGAUAUUCUGGGCGCGGCCCGCCGGGUUGCGGCGAGCAAACUGGAGGAGCAACGCGGCCUCGAGCGGUCGCAGCAAGCACUGUUCGAAGUAGACUACAUUUCCCUUGCAGAUCCGGACACAUUAGAGGAGGUUGACUCUGUAGACCGCAGCCGAGGAGCUAUUCUCAGCGGCGCGGUCAAGAUGCUGCCGAUUGACGACACUCAACCGGGCGAGACGCUGGGGGUCGGGGAUGACAAGACUGCGGUGCGGUUGAUUGACAACAUCAUACUCGCGAGUGGAUGA